AUGUCUAGUCAAGGAUCACCGCUGAAUUUUUCAAAUUCAUUUGGUUGGCCUACUUUGUCUAGUUCGAAAGCAAAGCAAACAAAUCCAUCAAAAUCAAGUAAGACACAAUAUAAAAAUAAUAACGAUGGUAUAUUGACUAACAAUAAUGGUUUGAAUAUUAUAAAGGAAGCAUCUAAUGAAAAUUCAGCUGCUAGUUCUCGAAAAAGUAGUCUAGCAGUAACCAACGGCAAUAGUAAGGACCAAGACAAGGGCACGAAUGAGUCAAAUUGGUGGUUUUGGAAUGGGAAAAUGAAAGAAGAGCAGCAGUCAUUAGACGUGAGUAUGAAUAUAAAGAGAUUGGAAGAGGUAGAAGCAGUACAAACUGAAUGGGCGGCACCAUACAAGAAGAUGAGUUCUGCAUUGAGUUACUACUAUAAUACAUCGACCUUUAAAUCCACUGAAGAUGCAGGUGAGAAUACACCAUUACUUCUGAACGAUAUCCAAUCUUCUAGGAAAUCAUUUACUUCGCCUGAGAAUGAAUCCUCCCAACAAUCAUUUGCAAAAGAAUCAAAUGAGGGUAUUAAGCGAAUUGACCAGCAACAAAAUACUCAACCAGAGAAUACAGUUAAUAGUUGGUUUUCUUGGUUUGGUUUUGCUAAUAAUAAUGAUGACAGUGAUGAAAGCCUUGAAGGCACAAGUAAUCCGGAGUUGUUUAAACAAGCCAAAUUAGCCAUCGAAAGCUCAAAGGAUUCCUCGAAUUAUGCUUUAAAAAAAUCGAUGACUAGUAAUGAAAUUCAUGAUUUUGAAUUGGCCGUUAGUGACACCAAAACUGAGAGUCAACCAGUAAAACAUCGUUCAAAAAAAAGACCUUUGAUGCCAAAUGAGACCCAGGAGAGAGCCUUACAACCUCCUUCAAAUUCCACUCCUGCAAAUGGAGUUCAGCGGCCAUCACAUAGCCCGCCAGCUAAUUCAUCAAGCUCAUCGGUAACUUCAAAUGAGCGGCUAAAUGUUCACGUACCUGAAACUUCUGAUUAUUGUUUGAUAACCCCUCAUAUACAUGAAUCGUUUCGUACGAUAACAAUUGUUACAAGGCUAAGGUUGAUGGGGGAGCAUCUUCUCUGCUACUUGAACCCUACAGAAAGUCAUUUGUAUAGCUUGCCAUGCGCAAAGGUUCAAAAUAAAAGGUUGAAAGUGAAAAAAGUUGUUAUUAUUGGAGUUCAUAGUUUUUUACCAAUUAAAAUGGUAAAAACAUUAAUAGGUCAGUCAACAGGAAGCUCGAUAAGCAUUGUAGAUGAAGCCACCAAAGCUAUGGAAACGUGGUUGCAUGAAAAUGGAACUUCAAAUAUUGAUUAUGACAUUCAAACUAUUGCAUUGGAGGGAGAAGGUACAAUUAAGGAGAGAGUCGAUAAAUUAUUCAAACUUUUAGAGAAUUGGAUUGAUAUCAUAUGUAAUUGUGAUUUUUUAUUUGUGGCUUCACAUUCACUGGGCACACCAGUUGCAAUUCAUUUAUUAGCAAAGUUAUUAGAACGUUAUUCCCAUAUAAGCUCGCACAAGAAAAUAGGAUUAUUGAGCAUGGGCGGAAUGUAUUUGGGUCCGAUUGUAGGUUUGAAUUCCAAACUAGUUAUCAGAGCUUAUUCUUCCACGGAGAAUCAAAUACUUAAUGAAUUAUUCGAUCUUCAGAGGCCAAAUAGUGAAGUAUCCAUCAGAAUGAUCGCAAGUAUGCAAAUUUUGGUACAAAACAAUGUCAAACUAACAUUUUGUGGAUCCAUUGAUGAUCAGUGGGUCCCUAUUUUUUCUUCUAUCGGUGUCAACUUCAGUCACCCAAAUGUCUUCAAGUGCCUUUUCGUUGAUAGGCAUACUGAGGUACCCAAAUUCUUAAUCUCCCUCCUAAAAAUUAUCCUAAUCAUGAAAAAUUUGGGCUAUUCCGAUCACAACUUGCUCCGAGACCUUAGCGAGAAGUGUGCCGGUACGUUAGCAGAUGGUGGCCACUGCAAAAUAUUCCAACACGAAAUAGUAUAUUUAACUGCAAUAAGGCAUUCGCUCGAAACCACCAGUUUGGUUAAUCCUAAAGGAUUACUAGCUACUUCUAUACAAAACUACAAACAGAUCCAAAAUAACCAAUUCCAUAUACCUUGGAAUAUACGGGGCUUACUUAAUGAUUUACUCAAAAUCAAAAACGUUCCUGGCCUACAUUUGAUUAACAUCCUUAUCAAAGAUUUUCACGAAUGGGAGCCAACACAAAAAAAAUGGAAAGAUUUAAAAUAUUGUUUUGAUGCAUUUGAAGAAAUUGAAUUGGAGGAUUUGUUUCUUUAA